CGGAGACGGGACGCGGAUCCCGGAGUGUGUGCGCUGCUCUCUCUCUCUCUCUCUCUGUCGCUCUGCCUCUCGCCAUGCCCGGGAGGCUGCAGUUUGCAGCGCUGGUCUACCUUGUUGUCCUGUCCGAGGCUGCGCCCUUCCUGAAACACCACCGAGCCUCCCAGUUCCUCAUCAGACAACGACGUGCAAACGUGAUCUUCGAGGAACAUAAACAAGGCAGUUUAGAGCGGGAAUGCAUUGAAGAAUUUUGCAACAAGGAGGAAGCUAGGGAAGUAUUUGAGAACAAUGCGGAAACAAAUUACUUUUACCCCAGGUACCUUGACUGCCUCAGUCUCCACCAGCCACAUGUUGCAAACCAGCAUCGCUCUUCUAGACGCUCCCCUGCAGACUUGCGGAACUGUGUGACUGGAAUCCCGGACCAGUGCUCCCCUUCACAGUGUAGCCCUGAAGGAUCAGUCCUGUGCGUGGACAAAGAGGCGGCUUUCAGCUGUGUCUGCAGGGAAGGAUGGUACGGAGACAGGUGUCAGUAUGAUAUAGACGAAUGUAGAAGUGGAAUACUGGAGGAGAAAGCAUGUAACCAUUCCUGCAACAAUGUACCUGGGAGCUAUCGUUGCUUCUGUGAUGAUGGCUUCUACAUGCAUUCAGAUAAACGGAACUGCAUUGAUUGGAACGAGUGUACAAUGAAACCUGAUAUCUGUGGGAAAGCCACCUGCAACAAUCUGCUGGGGGCUUACGAGUGUAAAUGCAGCAGAGGAUACCUCUUCAAUCCCAGCACGAAAGACUGCGAGGAUAUUGAUGAAUGUGCUGCGAACAUGUGUACACAUGGUUGUGUGAAUUCUCCUGGCAGCUACAUCUGUUUCUGUGACGGGAGGAAAGGCGAGAAGUUAUCAGCCGACGGUCAUAGUUGUCAGGAAAUCCCCACAUGUGUUGCCCUCCAGACCAGCAGGAAAUCUGACAUUCUAAACAUGGGGGAACUCUUUGCUGGAAUUCCUGUCGUCUACCUUAGAUUCAAGAUUCCUGCAGAUGCUAGAUUUGCGGCUGAUUUCAACCUUCGGACCUAUGACUCUGAAGGGGUUAUAUUCUACGCUGAAACCAAUGAGAACAGGGCCUGGUUCCUGUUUGCUGUUCGGGGUGGAAAACUUGAAGUUCAGUUCAAGAAUGAGCAUGUACCCAAAGUGACAAUCAGUGGGGGCCCAUUAAUCAAUGAUGGGACCUGGCACGCAAUUUCUGUGGAGGAAACUCAGAGCAGUGUGGUGGUGAAGAUCACCCAGGAAGCUGUGAUCAAAAUCAACAGUCCUGGCCGGUUGUUCUCCUUGGCUAACGGAACGACAGAGAUAAAAAUAUCUAUCGCAGGUUUACCCAGACAAGUGGACCGUAUCCUUCCAACUAUGAAUCCUCGGUUGGACGGGUGCAUGCACGGGUGGAGCUGGAUGCAUCAAGGGUCUGCCGGAAUCGAGGAUGUUAUUCAGAACAUAAGAAGCAAACAGUGCUUUCAGAACGUGGGGAAGGGAUCCUAUUUCCCGGGCAGAGGACAUGCUAUGUUUCCAUUCAACUAUAAUACGACAGAAGACACUGCUGGAGGCUGGAAGAUUAAGUUAAAUCUCCACAUGCGUCCAUCAAAAGACACUGGUGUGUUAUUUGCUUUAGUCAGUGGAGAGAAGGUUCCUUUUUCACUUGCCUUAACUGAUUCCAACUCAACACUAACAGUUAGAAAGCAGGUAAUUUGCUUUAGUCAAUAUCGGACUGGCCAGUGGCAGCUCGAAAAUCUUAGUUCAGCUUUUAAAUAUCCAGAAAUCAAGCCCAGAGUAAAAGUGAGGCUCAACUGCUUUACUAAUACCCUUUAG